CUACUCUCUCUCCCUCUCUCUCCCACUCUCUUCUCUAUUCCACCAACCAGACCCCUCUUACCUUCUCACUCAUCUGUUCCAUUUGACGAGUACUCAACUCCUGUGUUUACCCGUCCUCGCUUUCAACUCUUCAGCAAUGGCUCCUACUGCUACCACGACCACCAAAACUGCGCCCUCCAAGACCAAGGCUGCCAACGGCUCCGGCGUCAAGAAAGCCCCAGGUGGCCGCAAAGGUGGCAAGAACGCGAACGCGAAGAACGCCAUGGUCAAGAUGCAGGCUUACUUCAAGGCGCAUCGCCACGAGUUCAAAGAUCUCCCGUUCAAGGAGCAGCAGAAGGAGCUCGGGAAGAAGUGGAAAACGGCUCCCGAGAAUCCCAAAGUGAGCGCUUAAUCGGGACCAUUGCGCAACCUGCAAUCUAUACCAAAAGGUGUAGUUGGCGCACGACAUGACCGACAGGAGCCGUUCAUCUUCGCCGUAUGCAUGUUCCUGCGCCGUUCUCAAUCUUCAACACUCCGGACCCAUGCUCUUCAGGCGGACCGCCUGAUGCAUAUCUUGGUCCACCAAAUCCAUUUCCUUGCUGUACUUGCUGUAACUCUUCCAUCGCCACAUGGCGACAGACGAUUAUUCCGGGCUGGAGUUUUCUCUUUUCUUUUUUCUGUUUUCUCUUUCCUUCGGAGGGUGAAUUUCAAUACGACUCAACAUGUGACACGAAUUUCAUUUUCAAACGGCAGAUCGAGUGGCGCUGGGAGUGGGACGGCCAUUAUUGGGUUUAUACGAGGCUUCGAACAGACUUUCCGGGCAAUAUGG